AUGCCGAGCAUGACAGGAUUCGUGGAUUUCAAUCCGGAGCAAGAUAUUCCACGCCUCGACGGAAAAGUCAUAUUCGUGACAGGAGGAACUGCAGGCUUAGGGAAAGCUUCAAUACAGGCCCUGGUGAAGCGCGGCGCAUCACACGUCUAUUUCACUGGCCGCAAUGCCGAAGCAGGAAAUACACUCAUAAAUGAGAUGAAGAAGACCCACCCUUCCGUAGGCUUGACAUUCUUAGAGAUGGAUUUCCUAUCCCUCGCCUCGGUGAAGAAAGGGUGCGACAGUUUUGUCCAUGAUCGCCUGGACCUUCUCAUGUGUAAUGCGGGAAUCAUGUUCAAGCCGCCUGCGUUGAGCCAAGAUGGCUAUGAAGCAACUUUCGCUACGAACCACCUCGCCCAUGCCCUGAUUAUCAAGAAACUUUUGCCCACCCUGCUCAAAACUGCUGAGACGCCAAACUCAGAUGUCAGGCUAAUCAGCCUGACCUCAGAGGGUUGGGCCGGUCACCCCAAGGAGGGUGUCAACUUUUCCACCCUCCAAACCACGCAGAACGCGCUGUUUGGGAAAUUGACACGUUAUGGGCAGAGUAAGCUGGCGAACAUCGUUUAUACGGCUGAAGUCGCACGUCGUCAUCCACAGAUCAUGUGUGCCUCGGUCCAUCCGGGUGUUGUAAAGACAGAUCUCGUCAAUAACCUCAGCCUCUCGGAAAAGGCGUUGGUGUAUGGUGCGAACUGGCUGAUGGGCGUGACGUUGAUGGAAGAAGACCAAGGUUGUCUCAGCCAGCUCUGGGUCGCGGCCGGGGCUCGCAGAGAUCAGCUCGUCAACGGCGCUUAUUAUAGACCGGUUGGUGUGCAGAGCAACUCUGGCCUGGAUAAAAUUGCCACCAGUCAAGAGUUUGCUACGAAGCUGUGGACAUGGACCGAUGAUGCGUUGGCGAAAGCAUUGUGAACAACAUCCGAUGAAAAAAAAACCCUUGCCCCUUUAAUGGGCUCCGUAUCAUGGAGCAGAGCAGUCGGCAAUUGCGGUCGACAUCAAGAAAUGGUAUGAGGUUCUCAUUGGUGUCCGGCCCCUAUCUAGCCUGGUGGCAUUGAUUAUAAUUGCAAGCAAGGGUUAUAUCCACCCGCCACAGAGAGUUAUUGUCAUACCUUUUCUGGAGGUCGAAAAAGGAGUCCUGUAUAUAGUAGAGAUCUUCAAUUGAUUAGAUAAAUUAAGCGCGUUUACCAGCAGA